CCACCGCUAACUACACCUUUCCUCCUCUCCUCUUCUCUUCCCUUUACAUCUUCCUCUCUCUUUUUCCUUUCCUCUUCACCUUUUUCGCCUUCAUCCUCCCUCUGCUACCGACACAUCCACCUCGCGUGCGCUCAGUUGUCUGCUCUCCGCUGCUCAACCCAAAAGAAACAACCCCGACAAUUUCCAGAAUUUUACCAUCGAGGUGGAUUUAACUAUUCAACUCGAUCUCGAGCGAAUCAGCCAUCUGCCUCAGGGACCGAGAUCAACCUCAUCGUCGAAACUAGAUCAAUCACCCCAUUUUCGACGUCAACAAUCGUCCUGGAUACUCAAGCGCAUCCUCACAAACACACCGCUUCAACCUCUCGCACCGAAAUCCGAAGCCCGGACUCGUUGAAAAGCACAGAAAUUCCAAAAUCGCAAUCUGCCUGCCCACAGCAAUCAACCAAUACACAUAAAUCUUCGCAGUCGACGGGACGAGUUUCGUACAGGAAUCGCAGUCAUGGCGCAACCAACGCAACUUGCAUACCGCACGUCUAAGAGCGUCGGCAUGUUCGCUGCGGCACCGCUCUAUGCGCCCGUACCUGGCUUUGCGCGCGCCGAGGGCAACCUCCGAUGCUGCGUCUAUUCUCCCGAUGGCCGCUUCUUCGCCUGGGCCUCGCCGGACAACGUCUCAGUCGUGGAUGCAGCCGCGGGGAACAUUGUCACGGUACUGCCGGCAGACUCGGUGUAUGAGCUGGGGUUCUCACCAUUGGGCACGUACAUCAUCACCUGGCAACGUCCUUCCAAGGACGCCGAUGGCAAUGCGACCAAGAAUCUCAAGGUCUGGCGUACUAUCGAUGACAACGCUGGUGAAGGCGGAGAACGAGCAGUGGUGGGACAAUUUGUGCAGAAGAACCAGACGGGAUGGAACUUGCAAUACACCUCCGACGAGCAAUUGUGCGCUCGCCGCGUCAACAACGAGGUGCAAUUCUUUGAGAGCAAGAACCUCAGCGCGGUGUGGAACAAACUCCAUGUGGAUAAUGUGCAGGACUUUGCGUUGUCGCCGGGCAAGACGCAUUCGAUUGCUGUCUUCGUGCCGGAACAUAAAGGACAACCGGCAGCGGUAAAGGUCUUCAUCGUGCCGCAGUUCAAUCUGCCCGUGUCUCAAAAGACGUUUUUCAAGGGCGACAAGGUUCAAUUGAAGUGGAACAAUGAAGGAACGAGCUUGAUUGUGCUCGCUCAGACGGAAGUCGACAAAUCGAACAAGUCCUACUACGGAGAGACUAUGCUUUACAUUCUCAGCGCAAGCGGCGGCUUCGAUUCGCGCAUUGCCCUUGAUAAGGAGGGCCCCAUUCAUGAUGUCAAGUGGUCGCCGAAUUCGAAGGAAUUCGGCGUGGUAUAUGGCUACAUGCCUGCGAAGACCACCAUUUUCAACCAGCGCGCCGUCGCAAACCACAGCUUCGCAUUGGGUCCACGAAACGAGAUCAUCUUCUCUCCUCACGGUCGCUUUGUCAUUGUUGCAGGUUUUGGUAACUUGGCAGGCCAGAUGGACAUUUACGAUCUCGAGAAGAAUUAUGAAAAGGUCUGCACCAUCCAGGCGAGCAACCCGACUAUCUGCGAAUGGAGUCCCGAUGGGCAGCACAUUCUCAAUGCGACCACCAGUCCGAGACUGCGUGUCGAUAACGGUAUCCGCAUCUGGCAUGUUGGAGGCAGUCUCGUCUAUAGUGAAGACAUGCACGAGCUCUACAAUGUCGUCUGGCGGCCGCAACCUGUCGCGAAAUACCCGCUCGGCAACCCGCUCGGUGCUACGCCCGCAAUCCACUCCUCGGCACUCGAGUAUCUUGGUAAAGUCAAGACGCCCUCCAAGCCCGCCGGUGCAUACCGACCUCCUGGCGCUCGAGGCACCGCCACCCCGAGCAUGUUCAAACGAGAGGAUGAAGGCGGCGCCGCCUUCAUCCGUGAGAUGAUGACCAGUGGUCGCGACCAUACCGAAAGCAAUGGCUUCGGGAGCAGGCCCCGGCGGCGUGAAGUCCCUGGCGCCGAGACGAUUGAACCGCGACUCCCGCCAGGUGCCGCGCCGGGCGGCGGUGUUAGUUUGACCGCCCCAGAUGGUGCAGCAGGCGGCGACGACAGCCUGAGCAAGGCAGCAUUGAAGAACAAGAAGAAGCGUGAAGCGAAGAAAGUCAAAGAGGCCGAAGCAAAAGCGGCCGGCCUCGCCGCGCCAACCGCGACUAAUGGUGGCGGUAACAGCGCCCCAGCAGCAGCGGCGGCCGCUACUCGCAACGGCGACGCCGGCGCGAACAACGCCUCUCGCAGCCGAUCCAAGUCCAAGUCUGGCUACGAACAACCCCGACGAGGAGGCCCCGAAGCCGGCCGUCAACGCGCGCCGGCCUUCCCACCAGGUCUCAACCCGAACGGCGCACAGCCACAGCCACAGCAACAACAGGCCCCCGCCGCCAAAGCCCCCGCUCCUGCGGUCGCCGCCGCCGCAGCACCUCCGCGCCCACGCACGCCUCCUCCAGAUGUGACCGUCACCGGCGCCGGCGCCGUAGGAUCCCCGCACGAGAAGAAAAUCCGCUCGCUUUUGAAGAAACUGCGCGCCAUCGAUGAUUUGAAAAUGCGUCAGGCCGGAGGCGAGAAGUUGGAAGGCACCCAAGUGUUGAAAAUCGGGACCGAGGAGCAGGUCCGCAAGGAACUCGGUGGCUUGGGAUACACUGGCGACUGAGGCAUGAAGUUGGGUUUUCGUCGCUGGGGGAGUCUUUGUUCGUUGGAUGAGCGGACCGGAAAAGGCAAAAGUUUAUAGACGGAAGAAGAGUCGUCCGCGGUGACAGGCGAAAAGUGGCCCCUUCUUGACGAAGAAGCAUGGAUGAUGCGAUUCGACGGGAGACUUUUCUGAUGAUCAGACAAGCCCUCGGCAUCGAAGAAAAUGACGACAACGCUUGCAGGAAAGGAAGGAAAGGAAAGAUUUUGAACGCGGCAUUUGCAUCCGAUCCCUCUCUGAAGCAAGAGCAGGGAGAUAAGGAAAAAUGAGGCUGUUGAGAACGAAUCUCUUCAGAUUAUGACAUUACCUCUAUCGAAAUUCAAUGAAAAAAACUUAGAUAAAAGACGACGCUUUUUAAACGCAAGCAGUGACAGCACGCAUGUGUCCUCGUGCUGGAAAAUUUCAUGCAUUGCUUCUUGUCCUGUGCAUACGACUUCAUCUCUCUC